AUGCUUUGGUACCGCACAGGGUCUCGUUACCGCGAUCCGCAUUUCCUUGCAGCCCGAUUUGGGGACAAGAUCGGCCUGGCAGUGGUUUUCGUGAGCCUUUACUGGGAGAUUGGUGCCGAAACGGAGUUGGCCAGCGUCCAGUCCACAUGUGGAAUUUUCUUUUUUCUGGUGGCGAUGUGUGGAUUCACGGCCACCAGCUUCCUUCCCGCUUUGGUCCUGGAGCGUGCGCUUUUCUACCGCGAGCGGGCUGACGGACUCUACAACAGCGUGACCUACUACGUCGCGAAACUCAUUGAGGAGGCAGUGAUGAGCAUUGUGAUUAUCUUCCUUUUCAGCCUGGCGCUGUGCUCGGCCCUGGACCUGCGCGGCUCCUUCUGGGUCUUUGCCGCAACGCUCUACACUACCAACUUCAUAGGCAUUGUAGUCGCCUAUGCCAUUGCAGCCAUUGCUCCAAACAUGGAGAUUGCGAAUGCAACGCUCCCUGCUUACUUGGCAUCCACAGCCUGCGUUUGUGGCUUCUUCAUCCUGUGCGAGAACAUGGCCUACCCGUGGCAGUGCUACUCAGCAGUGUCUUUCAUGAAGUACGCCUGGGCACUGCUGAUGCUGAACCACUUUCAAGAUCAUCCAGGUGGUGAAUCGCUUUACUAUUACAAAGAUGGGGAGCUGGUCAACGUGAUUGAGCCUUGUCAUCUGCAAUGCAGCAGGGUUCUUUCGACAAUUGAGCUUUGUCGCCACACCUUGUACCUUCCUUUAGAUUCUGUCAGGAAACAGCUGGUUCUUUACUGA